GUGGACGGUCCGCUAGUCGGUUCUAGCCGUCGAGUGUAACGGUUGUUCGUCGCCCCGAAACCGGAUCCGAGGAGUGCAGCAAGAAAGGAUAUCGCCAGAACGUGAUGGAUCGGCUAAGAUGUCUUCUAGUGGUCAGUGUGCUGUGCAUGGCCGUCAUCACUGGUGGCCGCAAGCUCGAGUGCAGUGAACAUCGGGACCAGGAGUGCGAAAUCUCGAACUUUACCAUCGUCGAGUCGAUGGACCUGUCCGAGUACGAGUUCCCGGACCACCCGCACCUGGCGUUCGGUACCUAUCCACACUCGGACGACUCAACGUACGUCGUGACGAUCACCAAGGAGCUGGCCGAAAUACUGCACGCCACCGAGAAGCUCGAAAUCCAGAACGUUUCCCUCCAGACGAUGGUCCUGUGGACGAAUCUGCGUGUCCUCGAUGCCUCACACAACAGUUUCUACGAGCUGGUGGUCGAACCGGGCCAAAAUUAUCAACUACGCGAACUCAAUCUCAGCUACAAUCGCUUUCAGUCGAUCGAUUUCGUGCAGUCGCUGCCAGCGCUCCGUACCAUCGAUCUACGCCACAACUAUCUGGAAUCGAUCGAUAUGUCACUGUUCGCCAUGACGACCGAUCUGUGGAAGAUCAAUCUGGCCAACAACCGUAUCCAGAGUAUCACGACCGAUGGGACGCUCCAUCUGCCGCGUCUUUCCCACCUGCUGCUGAACGACAAUCUGCUGAGUGUGCUCGAUGCGAGCGAGUGGCACUUCAAUAUGAUGCAGGAGCUGAACGUCGCCCGGAACCGGCUGCGGUAUUUGAGUAUGUGCGAGGUGAACCACUCGUUCCCGCACCUUCAGACGGUGUACCUGGACGAGAACCGUUGGGAUUGCGCCUCGCUCAACUCGACCAUGCGCCAGUUGCAUCAGCUUUCGAUCAAACCGAUGCGCCACUACGAUCACGACGAUGAGGAUCGCUGUGGUCGCAACGUGGAGGGUAUUUGCUGCUACUGACCGCGGGGUGAGGGGCCACCGGACAGGAUCGCGAUCGAGAUCAAUCCGAGCGAAAAGUGCACGGAACUGAUGCCGUGCCGUGAGUGGUGCAUCAAUAAAUCAAUUGUGUAAUGCGCGUCAUCUUGUGUGUGACUUCUAGCAGUGUGAUGUGUGAUAACGACAAAUGAUUAAUAACAAGCCAAAGCGCGG